AUGCGCACCAAGAGUGACUUGAAGGCGCGUUUCGAAAUGACCGACAGCGGCAAGUGCGCAUUCGUGUUGGGCAUCAAGCUGGUGGACAACGACAACGGUAGCGUGACGAUGUGCCAGCGACGCUACGUGGAAGAUGUCCUCAAGCGUUUUGGCAUGAGCGACUGCAAAGCCGCCACCAGCCCAACAGACAUUAGUUCUCGACUCAUACCAAGCACCGCAGCAACUAAAAUCGACGCCCCGUUUCGUGAAGCAGUAGGCGCUUUGAUGCACUUAAUGAUCGCGACACGACCGGAUGUUGCCUUUGCUGUGAGUUACGUUUCGCGCUUCAUGGAAAACCCCCAAGUCGAGCAUUGGAUGGCGGUCAAGCGCAUUUUGCGAUACUUACAAGGGACUAAGUCGCACCGUAUCAGUUUCAAGUCUGAUGACAAGAUAGACUUCUGUGGCUACUCGGAUGCAGACUGGGCCAGCGACCAUGCAGACCGCAAGUCGACUGGGGAUAUGCGUUCAUCCUGA